GCCUUCCGGAAGGAAGCCGGGCUGCUGACCAUGGCGACGGUGGCGGAGCAGUGGGUGCUGGUGGAGAUGGUGCAGGCUCUCUAUGAGGCACCUGCUUACCAUCUUAUUCUGGAAGGAAUUCUCAUACUCUGGAUAAUCAGACUUGUUUUCUCUAAAACUUACAAAUUACAAGAAAGGUCUGACCUUACUGCCAAGGAAAAGGAAGAAUUGAUUGAAGAGUGGCAGCCAGAACCUCUUGUCCCUCCUGUCUCAAAAGAUCAUCCUGCUCUCAACUACAACAUUGUUUCCGGCCCUCCAAGCCACAAUAUUGUGGUAAAUGGGAAAGAAUGUGUAAACUUUGCCUGCUUUAAUUUUCUUGGAUUACUGGAUAACCCUCGGGUUAAGGCAGCAGCCUUAGCAUCUCUAAAGAAAUAUGGCGUGGGCACCUGUGGACCUAGAGGAUUUUAUGGCACAUUUGAUGUUCACCUGGACUUGGAAGAGCGCCUGGCAAAGUUCAUGAAUACUGAAGAAGCCAUCAUUUACUCAUUCGGCUUUUCCACCAUAGCCAGUGCAAUUCCUGCUUACUCUAAGAGAGGGGACAUCAUAUUUGUGGACAAAGCGGCUUGCUUUGCUAUCCAGAAAGGAUUACAGGCAUCUCGUAGUGACAUUAAGUUCUUUAAUCAUAAUGAUGUAGCUGACCUGGAGCGACUACUAAAAGAACAAGAGAUCGAAGAUCAAAAGAAUCCUCGCAAGGCUCGUGUAACUAGACGCUUCAUCGUAGUGGAAGGAUUGUAUAUGAACACAGGAACUAUUUGUCCUCUUCCAGAAUUGGUUAAGUUAAAAUACAAAUACAAAGCAAGAAUCUUUCUGGAGGAAAGCCUUUCAUUUGGAGUCCUUGGGGAGCAUGGCCGAGGAGUCACUGAGCAUUAUGGAAUCAAUAUUGAUGACAUUGAUCUUAUCAGUGCCAACAUGGAGCACGCACUCGCUUCUGUUGGGGGCUUCUGCUGUGGCAGGUCUUUUGUGAUUGACCACCAGCGCCUCUCUGGCCAGGGAUACUGCUUUUCAGCUUCAUUACCGCCCCUGCUGGCAGCUGCCGCCAUGGAGGCUCUCAACAUCAUGGAGGAGAAUCCAGGUAUUUUUGCAGUUUUGAAGAAAAAGUGCCAACACAUUCAUAGGGCUUUACAAGGCAUCUCUGGAUUAAAAGUGGUCGGGGAAUCAUUGUCCCCAGCGUUUCACCUACAGCUGGAAGAGAGCACCGGGUCUCGGGAGAAAGAUGUAAAACUGCUUCAGGAGAUUGUAAAUCAAUGCAUGAACAGAGGCAUUGCCCUGACACAGGCACGCUACCUGGAGAAGGAAGAGAAGUGCCUCCCUCCUCCAAGCAUCAGGUUUGUGGUUACAGUGGAACAAACAGAGGAGGAACUGGACAGAGCCGCAUCCACCAUCAAGGAGGUGGCCCCGGCUGUUCUGCUAUAGGCUCCCGGUACGUCAUGCAGGCAGAACUCACAGACCUCGCUGGCCAAGAAUGACUUAAAAAAAAAAACUUGGAUAUUGGUAGGAUUGCUACUCAGCACUGUGGUUCUGGGUCAAAUGUCUGUCCUUGAGAAGGAUAGGUGUUCAUUUUUUUUAAAUGAAGAAAACACUUCUAAAAGCCCAUGAGCUGACUUCUUAAAAAAAAGAAUGACAGCAUUUAGCUAGUGUUUGAACGUUGCCAUUUAGCACUGUUGCAAUGCUUCAUCACACUAGCGUUUGUAUUAUUCAUGUUGUUUAAAUCUGGAGCUUCCAUUUCUCUUCUCUCCCUUCUAUAGUGACAAUUAUGUCAUUACUCUAUAUUGUUUCAUAGAAAAAUGAUUUUGUAACUCACUGCUAAAAGGAACUCUUCAUAUGUGGUACAAAAUGUACUGGAAGGUCUAACUGAACUAUAUCUUUCCUGGUCUCAUUGUAUAGAGCUAAGUGGUGGCUGAUAAGUAAAGGAACACUUUGUGUAUAUUGUUAUAAAUUUCAUAUAUUUAAAUCCUGGAAUUUUAUAUAUACUAGUUAUCAAUAUUAUAUCAUUUCUAAUCUGAGUAUCACUAACUAGAGAAAAUUCAUGUUACUUCUUAAGUGAGCAAUAUAAUUUAAAUCAAACAUUUUUAUGUAAUUGACCGUUAAACUUAUUAUGUAUUGACUUCUGAUCAGAUUCUGGAAGGCUACUGUGUUGAUCCCAGAAUAUAAUUCACAUCCUUGAUAAUUGGAAAUAUCUCAGAUGAAAUUCUUUCUUAUGGUGGCUUUGCCUAGAGACAUAGAGCUGCAGGCUUUUUCUAGGCUGCGAAGAUGAGAACUAAUCUGUGCUUGUAUUUGUAAAUGGACUUCAGCAUCUCUUUAUGUGCUUUAAAUGUUCCAUUUCUGUUAUGCUGGAGGAAUUUCAUACAUAUGUGCCUUGUGACUACUGUUGCUUUAAUGGACAUAGUCCUACCAGGAUGCAGCAGUUCUGUUUUUCAGUGAAGUAAACCUACAUUCCUGAUAA